GCGACUUUGCAACAACGAAGCACAAUCGUAGCACAUUCGAAUCUGUCAAUAGUAUAGAAGAAAAUGUUCUUUUUUAGGAUAUUUACGGGUGUGAUACUAAUGAUAUGGGGGGCUGAUGCCAGAUAUAAACCGAAUGACCGAUGUCAGGUGGAUGGAUUUCCAAUGGGCAGAUGUAAAAUUGGUGAUGACUGUACAACAUUACAACAGUAUUUAGUUGCCGGCAAGGCCAAACUGAAUGAUUUUCAUUGUGGAUACGAAACUCCGUUUAGUCCAAGGAUGUAUUGCUGUCCCGAUGAUCCACCACUACCACGUGCAACCCCAACACGCCAGACAUAUGCAAAACAUCUGGUAUCCCUGAGAUACCUGAAUCCUGUUACACUCGAUGAUUAUAUUUAUCAAUGCACGGGCGUUAUUGUAUCUCCGUCUUUUGUCCUGGCUACGACCAAAUGCUUGGGUAAGAAUAUUGUUAGCAGACCCAAUAAAAUUCUUCUCGGUUCCACGGAUCCUUCAAAAUAUGUUGAUUCACAAAUUGCGACCGAUAUCAAGAGAAAUAUAUCCUAUAACAAUGAACUAGUGCUGUUUGAACUGGAGAAGGAACUUACAAGCAGCCAGUUGUCGGGGAUUGUGAGUGUCGCGCCGACUUGUCUCACAUCUGAUGUGAAGGGAGACCCAAAAACUUUUGCGGUUGGCUUUGCGUUUAAUCUGGAUGAAAGCACGAAUUGCGCUUUGUUUAGCCAACAGAUGCGAAAUGUCCACAUCGACCAAUGUAGGAAUGUGGAAAAUAAAAGGCAAAUACAGGGCCUCAAUUUUGAAAACUCACAUCUGUGUUUUGAACCCGAAACUGUUAGCUCGAACUCCAGGCAGAGUGAACAGUGCUUGAGGUGUUUAACAGCCAGUUCCAGUGUCCUUCACGUGCAGCGUCCCGAUGGUAGCUACUGUGUUGCGGGUAUUGCCACGCCCACCACGGAUGAGUGCGUCGAGAAUGGGGCCCCAGUUUAUUAUACCAAUAUUGUCUCUGAUUAUCGAGUCAGUGAUUUCCUCAUUAAUUUUGUUGUCGAUAAAAGUGCCUCAACGGAUUAAAUCGGGCUUUGACUUUAUCAGGAUCUUUAUUUUAUAUGGAUUUUUGUUUUCAAAAUCACUUUCUGUAUAUGUAAAUAAACUGUCCUUAAGAACAUCUAA